AUGCUGUCAGCCGCCCGUGCAACGUUGCUGUCCGUCGCCUCGCGCCAAGGACGUUCGUCCGCCGUCGCUGUCGCCCGCCUCUCCACUUCUGCGCACCGACAGCAGUCGCUUGUGACCAAGGAGGAGCGAUGGACGCAGGAGACCGCCACUAAAGCCUCGCAGCUCAUCUCGAGCGGCUCCGGGUUUGACGUCAAGCAGGUGCUGCCGAACAUCGAGGCGAGGUGGAAGGACAUGCCGACGGAGGAGCAGUACGCCGUUUUCCGUCAACUAGAGGAGAUACAGAAGAAGGACUGGAAGGAGCUGUCGAUUGAUGAGAAGAAGGCUGCCUACUUCAUCAGCUUUGGCCCGCAUGGUCCACGCAGACCAAUCGUCAACCCAGGCCAGAGCAUCCGCACUUUCACGGCCGUCAGCGCUUGCAUCCUAGCUGCCUUCGGUGUCUUCUACGGCCUGCGACAGUUCGCUAACCCGAACAAGCCAAAGACAAUGACGGUCGAGUACCAGGAAGCCAUGACAGAGCGCGCCAAGGAGGAGAAGCAGAACCCCAUCACUGGUAUCACCUCGGAAGGCUACAAGGGCAAGGGCCACGUCCAGAGCUCCCUGGCUUGAGCGAUUAGCAUCUGUGGCAGGUGAUGCCGGGACGGUCGGUGUGCAGCAUGAAUGCUGUGCAGAGGGCACUGAGGAAGAGUGAACACAGUGGUGGUCAGAGGUAUGCAGGCGACGCUCCCGAGUCGGCUGCAUGCUAGAGGGACGCAGGUUGGGGGGGCAGCGCAGCCGGCUGCCUUGCACUUCGAUGGAUGCAAAACAGGAGCAGCAGCAUCCGCACGCUGCUGCCUAGCCCUGGUCCAGGUGUGUGCUGAGACAAGGAUACGCCUGGGCCGAGCGAACGAGCGAAAAUGAAGUCCGGUCGACAAAGUUCCAAUGAAAGCAGAGGGACGAGACUUGGGAAGGCUGGGCGGGUUUGCUACCACCCACCAUCACUAUCACCGCCACAAUCAUCGUAUAUUGAAAUGCAGAAUUGACAACCUAGAGCAUCUGAAC